AUGGCCACCCUUCGCGAGCUUGAACUUCGGCUGAAGUCGGUCAAAAACAUCGAGAAAAUCACCAAGUCCAUGAAGAUGAUUGCCUCUACCAAGCUCGCCAAAGCCCAGCGCGCUAUGCAGAGCGGCAAGGAGUACGGUUUGGCCAACUCUGAAAUCUUCCAGCACACCAUUGCUGAGGAGAAGGACGCUUCAAAGAAGAAGCUUGUCAUCGUUGUCUCCUCCGAUAAGGGCCUUUGCGGCGGUAUCCACUCUUCCGUGUCCAAGUUCACCCGCCGUGCGCUCGGCCAGACUGGUGGUGAGGAGCCCACGAUCGACCCGGAGUCGCCCAUCGCCGUCAUUGGUGACAAGUCCAAGGCCCAGAUCCAGCGUGUCCUGAGCAAGAACCUUACCCUCACGUUCAACCAGAUCGGCCGUGACGUGCCCACGUUUGCUGACGCCGCUAGCGUUGCGGACCUCAUCCAGAAGAGCGACGUCAAGUACGACAGCAUCGUCCUCGUCCACAACAAAUUCGUCUCCGCAAUCUCGUACGAGCCCACCUCCGUCGAGGUCCCUAACGAGGCCCAGCUCAAGGAGUCGGCUGGCUUCCGGUCGUACGAGAUGGAGGACGACGUCACCAAGGAUCUUGCUGAGUUCGUCCUUGCCAAUGCCAUCUACUCCGCCCUCGCGGAGGCCCACGCUUGCGAAAUCAGCGCUCGUCGCAAUGCCAUGGACAACGCGUCGAAGAACGCUGGAGACAUGAUUGGCGCGUUGACCAUGCAGUACAACCGUGGCCGUCAAGCCGCAAUUACGAACGAGCUUGUCGACAUUAUUACUGGUGCUAGUGCACUGUGA